AUGGAUGCUGGACUGGCUGGGAUCCUGAGUCUCUUUUUAAUCCUCUCCACCAUGUGCUUCAUGCUUUGGAAAAACAACUGGAAACGAGACCAGCUCCCUCCAGGACCAGCCCCGUGGUUCCUUCUGGGCAACCUGUGGCAGAAAGAUGUUCUGCCCCUGAACAAAUCCUACCAGAAGCUCUGCAAGAAGUAUGGUCCAGUGUUCACCGUCUGGCUUGGCCCAAAACCGGCUGUGGUGCUCUGCGGGUAUGAGGCGGUGAGAGACGCUUUGGUGGGUCACGCUGAAGAAUUUGGUGGACGCGGUGCCAUUGCCAUUCAUGAGAGAGUGACGGACGGAUACGGGCUCGUCACUGGUAGUGAGAAGAAAUGGAGAGAGCUCCGCAGGUUCACAAUCGCUACACUGCGGGAUUUUGGGAUGGGGAAGAAGACAAUGGCACAGCGGGUGCAGGAGGAGGCUCAGUAUUUGGUGGAGGCAGUGGCAGACAUGGAAGGUGAGGCGUUCGAUCCCAUAUCCAGCGUCAGGCACGCUGUUUCUAACGUGGUUUGCGCCGUUGUCUUUGGGACUCGUUUCAGCUACAAAGACGAGGCCUUUUUGGAGCUGUUGGGCAUGAUGGGGAACUACAGCCAUUAUUUCAUCUCUCCCUUCGCACAGGUGUACAACACCUUUCCUGGCAUCAUGCGUUACCUGCCGGGACCACACAACAAGGUCUUCAAUGAAAGUGAGAAGUUGAAGAACUUCAUCCGAAAAAGGAUUGACUCUCACAAGCGGACCCUGGAGCCAAGCUGUCCCCGGGACUACAUUGACUGUUUCCUUAUCAAGUCAGAGACGGGAAAGAGCACGUCAGGGGAUGUAUUCAGCGAUGAAAACCUGCUCAUGGCAGUGUUUGACCUCUUUGGUGCUGGGACAGUGAGCACUGCCAAUACCCUGUUGUUCUUCUUCUUGGUGAUGGCAAAGUUCCCACAAAUUCAAGCCAGGGUCCAGCAGGAGAUCGAGAAGGUGGUGGGGGCGACCCAUGCCCCCAGCAUGGAGGACCGGGUGAGGAUGCCGUACACCAACGCAGUGAUCCAUGAGAUGCAGCGCAGCCAGAAAGGGCAGAGCGAGAACUUCCCCCGGGCAGUGACUCGGCGCACAGAGUUCCGGGGCUACACCAUCCCCCAGGGCACAGCUGUUAUUCCAGUGUUCAGGUCUGUGCAUUCAGACCCAAAGCACUGGGAGACUCCAGAAGAGUUUAACCCAGGUCAUUUCUUGGACGAGAAGGGGGAAUUUAGGCCAAACGAGGCCUUUAUGCCUUUCUCUGCAGGAAAGCGGAUGUGCCCAGGGGAGGGUCUGGCCCGGAUGGAGCUGUUUCUCUUCUUCAGCACACUGCUACAGAACUUCACCUUCAAGCUAGCGACCGAUCCCAAAGAGAUGGACAUAUUGUCUCUGUGGGUGGACUACCAGAACAAGGGGCCAUACUGUAAAUUCCACGUCAUCAGGCGCUAA